CCGGCCAUGAGCGUGGCAACCUCGUCGUAAACGAACUCCCGCGAACUCCAACACCACACCCAUCUAUCAUUCCGCGCGAGCACCGCUGCCCGCCGCCGCCAUGAGAGAGCCGUUCGCUUCCCUCUUGGCCACGGGCGCCGGCAAGCUUGCCCUCUCGCUGCUUUUCGCAUCAUCGCCCUUCACUUCCGCAUACACAUUCCAGCAGGUCCCAUCGCCGAACCUGAACCUCCAGAACCUCGGCAGGGUCGCAUUCGCCGGCGACUUCGAUGCGAUAUCCCUAUACCAAUAUGAGGGCCAGAGCCAGGAAACCCCCUCCCGCAAUGGAACACUCCUGUCGCGAUAUCCCAAUGGCGUAUUCGCCUCGAUAAACAUAACCGACGGCGACAUCAAGGCCAUGUGCAGUCUGCAGAUCAACGGCGCCGAGCGACUGGUCUUUGCGGGCAACUUCACUGCCGUUGGUGGCAUGCGUACUCCUGGUGGCAUUGCUCUCCUCAACGCGACCGACGGCAAGAUCGAGGCGCUAGAGGGCCUCAAUGGAGCAGUCGACACUCUUUACUGCGACAAGAGCGGUGGCCAGGUUUACGUCGGUGGACAGUUUGAAGGUUUAAAUUCGACUAAUGCUAUUAUGUGGAAGAAUGGCUGGCAAGAACUGUCGUUCAAUGGUUUCAACGGCGCUGUUCAUUCUAUUGUGCAAGCAUCAAAUGGCAACAUCGUCUUUGGAGGAGAAUUCACAGGCCUCGGCAGCGGCAAUGCAACCGUCGCAUCCGAAAACGCCACUCAGCUCAUUCCCGUUGGCAGCGGACAAAUCUCUGCGCAGACGAGCUCGGGACAGCCCGGCUUCACUGACCCAAAGGUUAUUGCCUGUAAAAGUGACUUCAGCACAGGUGGAUCAGGCCAGACCUGGCUCCUCGCUGACAACGCACCUGGCUUCUGGAAAGCCGACUUCGGAUUCGGCUUCGAGCCGACGAGACUGAAGCUGUACAACACCGACAAUGACGGCCGUGGUACCAAGACUUUCCGAUUCACGGCGCUGCCAGAUGGCGGCAUCAUGAACAUGACAUACACCGAUCCCUCAACAGGCCGACAAGCUUUCUGCGACGCCAGAUGUCCUCUCCCGCAAGGCAACACCACUGCCCAGGAUUUCACUUUCGUCAACGUCGUUGGUAUGAACUCGUUCAGGCUAGACAUCUCAGAGUGGUAUGGCUCUGGGGCUGGGUUAAACGGCAUCCAGCUGUUCCAGGAUGCUAUGUACUCCUACGCCAUCGAUAACUUCAAUGAGCCAGAGAAUUGUGGCCCAUCUACCACAGCACGAUCGCAAUCCACCAAUACUGGCAACUGGCAGACCUCACCAUCGCACAACAGCAACUCUGAAUACCUCACAACGACGCUUCAAGGAAAUCCUAUUGACACGGAAUCGGUGUCCGUCUCGUUCUCUCCCGACAUCCAACAAUCUGGCAACUACUCUGUCACCAUCUACACUCCUGGAUGUCAAGGUGACGGAACUUGCGGGACUCGUGGUCGUGUCAACGUUACUGCGUCCAUGUCUCGUGCUGACACCAACCCUGCUGGGAUCAUCCUCUGGCAGACGAACAACUUCGACAAGUACGACGAAGUUUACAACGGGUACAUUGACGCAACCAGCGGCUUCAGGCCUACCGUCGUCCUUCGGCCUGCGCCUGGUCAAGGCCCAGCGCCGCUGACUGUUGUGGCACAGAGAGUGCGUUUUACACUACUCAAGGCCACUUCUGGAAACAUCAACGGACUCUUUGAGUACAAACCAGGUUCGCAAAUGGACGAGACUAGCACUUCCGAUUCGGUCAUCAAUGCCGCUGGCGCUAGCCUGGAGCCACGAGGGAACGCACUCAUUACCAGUUUGGCUGCAGAUGAUCAGAAUCUUUAUGUUGCUGGCAACUUCUCAAACAAUGACGGCCGCAACAACAUCUUCCGCUUUGGUCGAGAUGCCUCUAACGCUUCGUCGUUGCCAAACCGUGGUCUUAACAGUCAAGUCAUGACCAUGUACUACAACUCGAGCAUGCUCUACGUUGGUGGUAACUUCACCAACACUGGAGAAAACAACGUACAAGGACUGAACGGAGUGGCUGCCCUUGUCGACAAUCAAUGGCGACCACUUGGUGCGGGUGUUGAUGGUGUAGUUCUAUUCUUGGUACCCUUCUCACUCAACAUCACUGCCAACCAACCCGAGCAAGUACUCGCUGUUAGUGGGUUCUUCUCCCGGGUCAACGCUUUCGACGGCAACAGCGCCACGAAUGUUCAGGAUUUCGCUGUCUGGGUUCCCUCUCGACGCAACUGGCUACACAACCUGAAGUUCUAUUCGCUUGCGAUGUCUGGCCGGUUGAUGACGUUCGCUGAUGUACCUGGAAGUGACCGCUGGUUUGGAGGCUCCGUAUCCUCUGGAUCCCUCCUCGCAAGUGGUACCGCUGAGCUCCGGAGCAACAGUGGCGACCUCUCGCUUGGAGCAUUCCCCAUCGACUUGCAAGCCCAACAAGAGAGUGCGCCUUCACGCAAGCGAGCAAUCCUUCAGGGACAGGACUUGAGCAUCACUGGUGUUCGCACUGGCCGCUUCUACCAAGAGAACGGAAACAACAAGACUAUUCUCGCUGGCCACUUCGCUACUACUGGACCAGAGGACCAAAACAUCACCAACGUCGUCAUCAUUGAUGGAGCCAACGGUGACAGGAUCGCUGGUUUCAACGAUCAAAUCGACGCCAACUCGACUUUCACUGCGCUCGCUGUACAAGACAACAUUCUUUUCGCUGGAGGCAUGGUCACUGGAAACAUCGGUGGCCGUGUUGCUGGCCUAGUCGCUUAUGAUCUUGGUACCAACGCAUUCAUUACCAGCCAACCGCCACCGCUCCAGGGACAGAACGUCACGGUCAAUGCCAUCUCACCAAGGCCCAACUCGAAGGACAUCUACGUCGGUGGUCGAUUCCUGUCCGCAGGUGCCUUGAGCUGCGCUGCUGUGUGCAUCUGGAAUACGGAACGCAGCCAAUGGACCAGCCCAGGUAACGGCCUCUCCGGUCAAGUGUCAUCCAUGACUUGGAUCAGUGACACCAAGCUUGUUAUUGCAGGCAACCUGACAUCUGGGACCAACACGACGACGAUCUUGGAGUAUGACUCGUCGAAUAGCCAAUUUACCAUGAUCCCGGAUGCCAAUGCCUUCCCAGGUCCAGUCCAGGCUCUUACUAUUGCCAGUGCAGAUGGAAAAGAUUUAUGGGCUGCCGGACAAGGUAGCGACAGUACCGCCUUCCUCCAGCGCUUCCAAAACGGCAAAUGGACACCUGUCGACAGCAAACUCUUCGGGCAGGGCACUGAUAUUCGCGGCAUACAAAUUAUUACUCUCACAGAAAGCCACGGCCAAUCAGAUGUGAUCGAGAACAACCACGACCUUCUGCUUAUGGGACAGAUCGUUAUCCCCAACUUCAAAGGCGGCAAAGUGUCCGCUGCUCUGUUCAAUGGCACUAGUCUUGUACCGUUCCUGUUAGCUACCAAGGGUGCGGAUGGCUCGACUACCGAUGGCAGCUUGUCAUCAAUCUUUACUAACAGCUACACAGAGAAACACCUCGCGCUCUGGGCUAUCGUGCUCAUCGGCCUCGCAAUCGCCCUCGUACUCACCUUCUUGCUCGUCGUGUCUGGCAUCUUGCUCGAAUGGUACCGCAACAAGGCGAAGGGCUACUCACCUGCCCCACAGUCUUACCCCGAUCGGUUAGGCAACGUGGGCCGCCUGCCACCGGAGCAACUCUUCGGCAGCCUGUCAGGCCCAAAGGCACCGGCGAUAUAA